CUUGAACUCCUUUGGUAUGAUAAUUAAAACUACCACAAGGUUGGUGCGCUGUCUAAGCUUUUAGAUAUUUCACAGACAGUCAAUUAGGUACAGCCCAACAGCUUUCUGCGGCUUCAUCAGCGUCCAACGACUUUAUCAUGAGCUCUCGUCCACACACCGCCGUUGUCGCUAACGCGAAGAUUUUCCCGGUGUUUGCAAACAGGCUCGCAUCACACGACAUCGACGAGUAUAUAAAUACUGCGAAUAAGCUGAAGAACUGGUUGGGUUCCGAGAAAGCGUACUAUCCCGACGCUCUACGUAAUAUCGUUUUGCUCCUUGAGAUUGCCUAUCAGACCUUCACGAAAAAGUUUUUCCAAACGGAAUCGUCAGCAGUAGCCGUGAUGGACAUAUAUCAGGCUUUAAUUCAGGCCGUGAUUCCUUUCUUGAAGUUUUUCACUGAGGAGGACCUGCAACUCCGACUCCAAGACUUGAUCCAAAGUUCCUAUGAGAUUUCGACUAAAACCGUAUAUCCUGUCCAGGCUGAAGGCGAAGCUACAGCAGAAUACAAGGAUGCUACUUCAGUGAUCACGACUGCCCAAGAUACGACUCCAAGUGCGCAACUAAUGUUUCCUAGUGCUGCACAAGUGGAGUCAGUCCAAUCACCUACUACAAUGCACAUUUCGACCACGUCUAUACCCUGCUCAGAUAUUCGCAUGGACCCCCCGGCUAGUGCCUCCAUCCCGAGAACCCUUCCAAAACCGCAGCCAAAACGCCAAUCUGUGGCAUCUUCACUAUCUGAGCACCUCAAACUCCGUGACCUCGAAUGUUUCAAGGCACAGCAUCCGCCUGUGGCCACUCCUCAUUCAAAGCCUUCAAGUCCUGCUGCUCCACCCGGUGCGCUUAAGUUUUCAAACGAUGUGACAGAGUCGCCUGCAGAGAAAAUACGGCCAUCUCGCAUGCCAGGGAGGAUACCUCCACGACCGGCAUCCAGUGAACCGACGACAGCAAACGAGCCUGCAGCUCCUGAGAAUGCUGUUGAUCUGACGAGUACCUCGCCUUCCACCGAGAUUUCAGUACCUACAGAUGCCAAAGAACUCAACGAAAAAGAAAUCGUAUCAGCUAUAGCUGAUGUUGUCAUGAACGACCCACAAACGGAAAAUAUGCCUCUAGGUUCAGAAACACUCCUCUUGGGUACGUUAGGAAACGUCGCCCCUGAGCUCACUAUGCCGUCGCCGGAACCAAAUACAGAUUCCCCAGCUCUAAGGCAGCCACCUGCGAUGUCCUCAGAUGUGGAUGUAGGAGGCCAUGGAGACGAAAUAUCGUUACCUCCGGUAGAUAAUGCCCGUCUGCAAGUCCCUUGUGCGAGAUUUGGAGGGGAGAUGGCUGUGAUGAUGUUUCGGGAAGGACUCGAGUCACCUCGCGGGACGAUCAACAUUACUUUCGAUCUCGAUCAUACACUCUAUCUCCAAAUUGCUCGGUGGGCUAAGCGCAAGUUGUCACCAAUAAAUCUGGAACAAAGCGUUUGUGUGUCGUUCGCUUGCUAUCAUCUCCCUAGUCUCUUGCCCAAUCCACCAGAAGAUGAUCAACCGCCUCCGUUAGAGAAACUUACGAUGGAUUUGCAAUGCUCGUGGCCUACAUCUGGAGACCUUUCACUACAGACAAAGCGGGACGGGAAGGAUGUUAUCAUUCCACUAGCUCCACCCAUUUUCGUGAGUGUUACCACAUAUACUUGCAAAAUACACUGAAAUCAAAAUAAACGUUUGGCAGGUUACUCCUGACAAUUGCGUUGAUAUCUCUGCAUUUAUCAAAAGCGGACAAAAUGCCUUUUCGGUGGUCCAACAGAGCGACAUGUCAGACUACAUGUUUAUUCUCCACGCCCACCAUCCCACGCCUGUGCAACUUAGCUAUCUUGCUUCCUGCAGACAGAGGCGUGAGGAUUGGGUGAAAAUCACGCGUGCUUUUAGCAUAUCCGAAC